UGAUACUCUCCGCUCCUCUCUCUCCUCCUCUUUCGCUCUCAUUGAUUUUCUCUCCAUUCCUCUUCCCAGUCUCUACUCCGUCUACCUUAGGUGGCCUCUCCUGUGCCCUUCCCACUCCGCCACGGUCUCCCUCCUUACAAUCUUCAUUGCGACUACUCCCCCCUUGCGUCGCCUCGGGCGGCAGCACACCCCAUACUAUCCCCGUCUCGCGCUGUCACCGCCGUCAUGAGUGUGGUUCUGACCACGAGACAGGCGGAGGAACUACACAAAUCCUUAGUCGCCUACCUCAACUCCAUCAACGCCUCCCGCAGUGUCGAAACGAUCCGCGAAGAGCUGCCUAUUGGGGACAACUUCGACGAGGUUGCCUGUAAGAAAUAUGAGGGUCUUCUGGAAAAGAAAUGGACCAGCGUGGCCCGGCUGCAGAGGAAGAUCAUGGACCUUGAGUCCAAAGUCGCCAGCCUGCAGGAGGAACUCGAUUCGUCCUCCAUAAGUGGCCGCUCGCGCGCCAAUCAAGAUCCCACCAGUUGGCUUCCGACGACGGCCCGUCACACCCUCUCGUCGCACCGCGACGGCAUCACCGCCAUUGCGUUUCACCCGGUCUUCUCGUCUCUGGCGUCCGGUUCCGAAGACUGCACCAUCAAGAUCUGGGACUGGGAGUUGGGCGAGCUGGAAAAGACCCUCAAAGGUCACCUCCGCGGGGUGUCGGGUUUGGAUUUUGGCGGCCAGAAGGGUCACACGCUCCUGGCAUCCUGUUCCAGCGAUCUGACGGUCAAGCUCUGGGACCCGAGCAACCAGUACGCCAACAUCCGCACACUUGCCGGCCACGACCACUCCGUGUGCGCCGUCCGCUUCCUCCCGUCCAACGGCAAUCUUCUGGUGUCGGCCAGUCGCGACGGGUCUAUCCGGAUCUGGGACGCAUCCACCGGGUACUGCGUUAAGACGAUCCGCUCGCACGAAAACUGGAUCCGCGACGUGUACCCGUCGUUUGAUGGCAAGUGGCUGGUGUCGGGUGGCCGCGACCAGAUUGCGACCGUGUGGGAUCUCUCAUCUUCCACGCCAGAAGCGAAGGCUACCCUGCUGGGUCACGAGAACUUCCUCGAGUGCUGCAUUUUUGCGCCGCCGGCCAGCUAUGGCUACCUGGCGACUUUGGCGGGGCUUAAGAAGCCGCCGCCGGCGACGAGCUCGGCUGAGUUCAUCGCAACGGGGGCCCGGGACAAGACGAUCAAGCUGUGGGACUCGCGAGGCAACCUGAUCAAGACGCUGGUGGGCCACAACAACUGGGUGCGGGGGCUGGUCUUCCACCCAGGCGGCAAGUACCUGUUCAGUGUGGCCGACGACAAGACAAUCCGGUGCUGGGACCUGGCGCAGGAGGGCAAGCUGGUCAAGACGAUCGACGGGGCGCACGGGCACUUUGUCAGUUGCAUUCGGUGGGCGCCGGCCCCAGCGACCGAGCCGCCUCCAGAGAACGGUGACGCCAAUACGGCACCGGCCAAGAAGGCGCCGCCCAAGAUUCGGUGCAUCAUCGCUACGGGAAGUGCCGACUCGAGUGUCCGGGUGUUUACGUAGCGGCGGUCGAGCGUGACGGACCUCCACCUUCGAAUCUCAGGCCCUUCCGGUUUGGGGAGCUCAUCGCAUCGUCCCCACUGGGUUCGUUCCUGCGGGGAAGACGUGCUUUCCCGCCCCCGCGAUCUACGUCUCGUGCUUUUGAUACCCUAGCCUGAUUCAUUUCCCCCUUCUAGACCAUGUUUUAUACCAUGUGUUCCCUGGACCGAGUACAUAAGUCACCGUGCAGGACAAUUGGUGACCUCUUUCCCCGCUGGUUCCGGACAGGCACCGCGACACGCGUCUGCGGCCUGAGAUUGAGUUGCCUUGCGCCGUCCUCGAAGAUGGAAGUAGACAGCCAGCACAGCGCGCUACGCCAGGGACUCGGCUCGGCUCGGGCCAGAAGGAUGCCACGGGUGAUGUACGCAGCGUUUUAUUCCAUGUAAUGAGUCUGAUAGAAUCACAUUCGCAUUCAUGCAUCCAUUCUCUACCUGCAGUGUAUGUAGAUGUUGCUGACCAGCGGACCGAGG